AUGUCUAACUUGAGUGUUAAUGAGGACCUAAAGGGUGAGGAUUGGAGAAUGAGUAAUCUAAACAAAGCCAUUAGCAAUAUUUCUGAGAAGGAGAAGUAAACUAAAUAGAAUCCCCCAACUGAACUUGAUAAUAUUAUGGAAAUGAAAGAUUUUCUUUAAAAAGUAAAAUCACUUAAUGGGAGCGAAAAAAUACCCACUCCUCGAAAACGCUCAGAAGAUAAUGCUAUGCAGAUUUACCAUUAAUUAAAUUCUACGUAGCAGCAACUUAUAAGUCAUGAAGAUAAAUAAAAUGGAAAUGAGGAAGGAACCUCCGCUCAUGAUGGUCAUUAAGAAUAUAGCCAUGAAUUUGAUUUUCAUCAAAAAAGCCAUAGGUGCAGCCGAAUUUCAUUUCCACUUUAUGGCAAAAUUGCAGUUUCAUGGAAAGUAUUUAUGUUCAUCCACAUUGGAUAUCUUGCAUUCAGCAUUCCUUAUAGAAUAUCAUUCGAUUACGAUCCUAAUUUAUUUGAUGUUGUAGUAGAUUUUUAUCUGACUUUCGUCUUCUUGAUCGACAUGCUGAUUAUUUUUAUAACCCCGAUAGCUGACAAGGAGGGAAAGCUGAUUUACGAUAAAAAGAAUAUAGCAUUAGCUUAUAUCAGGAGAUGGUUCUUCUUUGAUUUAGCUGUUUGCUUCCCAUUUAGCUAUUUUAGGUAUACAAGUUCAAGCAAACAUGGUGAUGAUGACUGGAAGAAUCUAGUAACACUUAACUUCGGCUAGAUUUAGAGGGUAUACAAGGUAUUGCUUCUAACUUAAUUAGUUAGAUUAAGAAAAGCGGUUAGAUUAAUGAGAGAUGUAAUGAAGAGACUGAGUUUAAAAAUGGAGAUUGCCAAUGUGCUUUAAAACUUUACAACACUCUUGUUCAUGGUGCACCUCCUAGGUUGUUUAUUUACAACUUCUGCAUCUUUUGAUUUGAAUUCAAAUAUUAAUUGGAUAACAAGCAUCAAGAUUCAAGAUGAAGGAAAUUUUUUCAUAUAUCUUACUGCAAUGUAUUAUGCUAUUGUUACUUGCGCUACUGUGGGUUAUGGAGAUAUUCAAGCUAAAAAUAAAUAUGAGAUUAUGCUGUCAAAUCUAAUUAUAGUUUUUGGAGUAUCUUACUUUUCUUACAUAUUGUCAGAUUUAUCUAAUCAGUUUAGUGAACUCUAAAGGGACAAUAAAGAGAAGGAUGACAGAAAUAAGGUGCUAGACUAAAUGGAGAGAAAAUAUGGUGUUAGUGAGAAAGUUCUAAACAAGAUUAGAUUCUUCUAUAAAGAGCAUGAGUCCAAUUUGGAUCUUUCUAAUAACUUAGAAAUGUCAUACUUACUUAGAAUAUUACCAACAAAUCUUAAAACACAACUCGCAAUAUUUUUAUAUAAGGAUGCCAUCAAUGUGAUAAAGUUUCUUUAGGGAAGAAAAAACACAUUUUAUGAAUAGUAUUUAGACAAACUAAAGCCAAUGAGAUUUGAUAGAGGAUCAAUUAUACUUGAACAAGGUUCAAGACCUAAUGAAGUUUGCCUUAUAAUGAGUGGCUCGGUCUUAAAUGCUAGUAAUGGUAGAAUCCUCCCAACAGGCUCUCUAUUUGGGGAAUCAGACAUGAUAUUCAAGAGAGAUCGUAAAGACUCCUAUAUUGCAGAGACUGAGGUUUAUGUGUUUAAAUUUGAAAGAAAGAUUGUUGAAAUCAUGAUGAAGCAAUAUCCUGAGAUAGCUGAAGAAGUCAGAAAUCUAGCUUGGGAGAGAGAAAAAGUUAGAAAUAAUCAGGAUUCUAUUCAGACUAUGAUUAAAAAUCAAGACUCUGUCAAGGAUAUAAUCAUGAGAUACUUUCAGUAAAUCUCAUAAGCAGAGGCUAUUUAUGAGGCAAGAAUGAAUAGAAAUUAAGGUACUAAGCUAAAGAGUAGGAAGACAACUGAAAUUAAGAUGGAUGUUAAAGUUAUUGCAGAGGCAGUUGAGCCUAUUAUAAUUGAUUCAAAUGCAACUACAAAGGAAGUCUAUGAAAUAUUGCAGAAAUCUAUAGCUAAAUAGUACAGAUAAGAGUAAAUAGUGGUCAAGCAGCAUGUAUAUAGCAGUGACUCUGAAGAUCAAAUGGAAAAUGCUAUAAUCAAGAAUCGUAGAAGAGAUACUUUUGAACAGGAUCUCACAUCACCUACGUUUCAAUUUGAUAAUAGUUUAUCUACAUACCCCUUGGCAAGUGAGAGAUAAAAAUAUAGACUAAGUGUUUCGAAGAUAAAUGAAAGCAGUUAUCCACCACCAAGCAAUGAUAGAAAUGAUACCAAAAGAGUUUCAAGUAACAAUCAUGACUAAUCAAGUAGUGAUGACGUCUAUAGAUAAAUGACACUACCUAACACAACACAUGAAAAUCGUAUUUUAAACAUUAGGAAUUCAAUCAAAUAUCACUUAAGAGUCUUUUAAGAGACUAAAAACCUGAUAGAGACUCAUUUGAAAAAUUUCAAAGAUACUUUGUCUGAGGCAAAAUUACCAUUACCAGUUAAGGAUACUUAUUAAUCUGGAAUUAAAGGUCUUGAGAAAUAUAGACAGCUCAUGAAUAUUCUUUCAACCUAGGUUAAGAGAAACAGAAAGAUUACCAAUAGGAUGUUUAUAUACCAAAACUACUUAAAUUAGAUAGACGAAGAGCUUAAGAUUGUUGAAGAUAAGACCGAAACAUUCUAAUACAAGAUCGAGAAUGAGUAUUUGCUGCAAAUGAAAAUAAUAAGAUAGAGGAAUAAGCUCAAGUAUGAUCAGUACAAUUAUCAGCCAAGAUAGUCAGAUGUCAAGCCUUUUAAGAUUCUCAAAGAUAUCUAAUCUUAAAAUCCAAGGUACAGUCAGAGGUCUGAUAAACAAGAGGACACAGGGUCUAACAAUAACCUAGGCUUCGAUCAUUUUUAGAUUGGGGGCAGCUACUAAAAUCACCCUCCUAAUGUUUUCUCUCAUUAAACUUCUAUUUAAAAUUUUGGAAGUCUGAUACCAGACUUAAGACUCAAUGCUAGGUCAGAUUAAAAAAGUGAAGCAAACAGUGAUAGAAAUGAUAGCUACUAGUUUAGCAAACUUAAUAUGAUGAAGGCAAGAAUCCAAAGUCUUAAAAAGGCGAUUGAGGAUUGA